CGUAGGGUCUCCGUCAAGGGCAUAUGGAGAGCGAGCUCUUGGCGGGGAGGGCAAUGGCGAUGGCCGCCACCGCAGGAGCGGCAGUGUCUCUCGCUGCGGCCGCGCCAAGAUCUCGAUCCUUGACGCCGCGAGCAUCGAAUCACCAGCUGCGCAACUCGUUCCUGGGAUCGCCACUUUGUAAUUGCGAGGUGCGUCUAAAAGUUUCGCAUCCCGGGGCUAUCAAUUCGACGAGGAAAACUUACAACCCUCUCCAGGUGGAGGCUAAAACAGCUGCUGGAAAAACGAUAGAGGUAGAGGUCGAUAAGCCUCUCGGACUUUCGCUUGGGCAAAAGCCUGGUGGUGGCGUGAUCAUAACAGCAGUGGAAGGAAAUGCAGCCAGAGCUGGAUUGAAAGUCGGGGAUCAGGUGCUCUACACGAGUAGCUUCUUUGGCGAUGAAUUGUGGCCGGCUGAUAAACUUGGCUUCACAAAGACAGCCAUCCAAGCGAAGCCAGAGUCUGUUUAUUUUGUUGUUAGCAGAGGAGCGGAUGUAGAUGUAAAGCGACUACCUAAGCGGCCAGCGCCACCUCGAUUCGGUCGAAAACUCACCGAAGCGCAAAAGGCAAGAGCUACUCACAUUUGUCUCGACUGUGGAUACGUCUACACGCUCUCCAAACCUUUUGAAGAACAGCCGGAUGGUUUCUUAUGCCCUCAAUGCCGAGCACCAAAGAAGAGGUUCUCCAAAUAUGAUCCGGAAACCGGACGAGCAGUCGGAGGCGGUGCUCUGCCAAUCUCCGUGAUACUGGGAGUCUUGGCUGGUGCUCUCGCAGUUGGAGGAUUGGUGGUAUAUGGUCUCCAAUAGGCUUGUUAAGAAGCUCUUGCAAAAUCAAACUCCCAAGGUUGAGAGUUUAUAAUCUGUUCCAUUACCUAGGUACAUGGCUUCUAUUUCUA